AUGGCAUCCGCAGUCUCAAAGCGCCUUGAAGGCAAGACAGUACUUAUCACUGGUGCAUCCUCCGGCAUCGGAAAGUCCACGGCUUUUGAAUUCGCCCGCACCAGCCCCAAGAACCUCAAGUUGGUAUUGACGGCGCGUCGAAUUGAUACCCUUCGUCAGAUUGCCGAGGAUAUUGUCAAAGAGGUCGGCGAUGGCGUCAAGGUGCACCCCGUUCAGCUUGAUGUGAGCAAACCGGAAGAGGUGCGCUCUUUUGUGAGCAAGCUCCCCGCCGAGUUUAGCGAGAUUGAUGUCUUGGUGAACAAUGCCGGUCUUGUUAAGGGUGUCGAUAAGGCGCCCGAGAUCAAGGAAGAGGACAUCAACGUCAUGUUUGCUACCAAUGUCACUGGUCUGAUCAAUGUCACACAAGCCGUUCUCCCCGGUAUGCUCAAGCGCAACAACGGCGAGGGAUCUGGCGACAUCAUCAACAUUGGCUCCAUCGCAGGCCGCGAGCCUUAUGUUGGUGGAAGCAUUUACUGUGCCACCAAGGCUGCCAUCCACUCUUUCACCGAAAGUCUGCGCAAGGAGCUGAUCUCCAAGCGCAUCCGAGUUAUCAGAGUCGACCCCGGUCAAGUUGAGACCGAAUUCUCGGUUGUGAGGUUCGGCGGCGACAAAUCAAAGGCCGACGCCGUUUAUGCUGGCUGCGAACCCUUGACUCCGGAUGACAUUGCCGAGACCAUCGUAUUUACUGCUGGCCGUAGGGAAAAUGUCGUUAUUGCGGAUACCUUGAUAUUCCCCAACCACCAGGCUGCGGCAACCAUUAUGCACAGGAAAUCUACAUAG